GUAAGAUGUACGUACUUGAAUGUCAGCCACAUGGCAGCACCCUGUCAAUCACCUUCCACGGCGGGUCGGAUUGCUGCAGGGCACGAAAUUAACAGCAUCGAAUGACGGCCCGGGGGCCCGCAGUGCUUGUGGUGUUGUGUCUCGGCUCAUCUUUUUUCUAUCCCCUCGAUUGUUCUACAGAGCGUCCUUCGUGUCCUCCUGUUCUUCUCUCCCUUCUUUCUUCCCUGUCCGACUGUUUCCCUCCCGCGACACCUAUUGAAACUGUUGAAACAAUCAAGUCACUGCGUCAAAUCUCCCGCAGAUCUGUGCCUUGCGACGCACGUGGAUUAUUCUCGGCCGCGGCUGUGUUUUGCAUGGCGGUUUCGUCUGUCUGCUGACGCUUGCACCCUUUCGAUUGACCCUUUUUCCUUCUCUCACGAUACUCAAUUCUUCGAGAUUACGAAUACAAUUCCCCUUCGUCGUUGUUCGUUGUUGAGCACCGCUCUCAGAUCGACCAAUAUCGGAUCUCCACAUCCUAG